AUGGCCUCUGGCGUGGGCAGCCUCAACAGCCUCGACCUGCUGGACCUCCUCUUCGACCGCCAGGAUGGGAUCCUCCGUGGUGUGGAGCUGGGGACGCCGCCAGGCGCCUGGCACGAGGACGGGCGUGCCCAGGAUGGCGAGGACUUCCUCAGCUCCAUCCUGGGCUCCGGGGACUCAGUGUCGGACUCGCCUGGGUGGUCCCCAGGCCACCGCCGCAGAGGGACCGCCUCUGACCAGCUCGACAGCCCCCCCGGGUGCUGUGAUGGGGGUCCCAGUGAGGUCCUGUACCCCUACGGCAACUCCUGCCGGGCUCUGCCCCUCCCAGGGCGCCCUGAGGUCCUGCAUCCCGAAGUCUCCAUCGACCUGG